GCUCUCUCUCUCCCCCUCGCCGCGCCGCCUCCCUCCCUCCCUUGCUCCCUCCCCUCCCCGGCACUGCAGCAUUCAGCCGACUGCUGCUCCCGCCGCCGCCCGCGCCUCUUCGGCCUCCGCAGCCCCCCGCCGCCGCCAGCACCAUGGCCAGCACCGUGUCCGCCUACAAGGAGAAGAUGAAGGAGCUGUCCGUGCUGUCACUCAUCUGCUCCUGCUUCUACUCGCAGCCGCACCCCAACACCAUCUACCAGUAUGGGGACAUGGAGGUGAAGCAGCUGGACAAAAGGGCCUCUGGCCAGAGCUUUGAGGUCAUCCUCAAGUCCCCUUCCGACCUGUCACCGGAGAGUCCCGUGCUUUCUUCCCCACCCAAGAGGAAGGACACCUCCCUGGAGGAGCUGCAGAAACGGCUGGAAGCAGCUGAGGAGCGGAGGAAGACGCAGGAGGCGCAGGUGCUGAAGCAGCUGGCCGAGCGACGCGAGCACGAGCGCGAGGUGCUGCACAAGGCGCUGGAGGAGAACAACAACUUCAGCCGCCUGGCGGAGGAGAAGCUCAACUACAAGAUGGAGCUCAGCAAGGAGAUCCGCGAGGCGCACCUGGCGGCGCUGCGCGAGCGGCUGCGCGAGAAGGAGCUGCACGCGGCGGAAGUGCGCAGGAACAAGGAGCAGCGAGAGGAGAUGUCCGGCUAAGGGGCUCUGGACACCGCGGCGCCUGGAUCCUGAGCCGAGACAAGAACACAUGCGGGUUUUGGUUUUGUUUUGUUCAACUCUGUCUAGAUGCGACUUUUGUUCCCUCUCCUCCUGCAGUCCCAGCUUCACGCUUCUCUUUCCGCACUCUGAGCUGUCCAGUCCUUGUGGCAGCCGCUGACCACAGGCUCUCCCUGGGGGAGCCACCAGGGCCUACGUAGCACACGGUCCCUCAGUUCAGGUACCAGGCAGGGUAGUGGCUGGGUCCCCUCUUGGUGGCCCUCUUAGCAGAUGUGAUGGUGACCUCAAUAAAUCCAGUGGUGGUGGCAGGAACACACAGGUCCUUAUGCUGGGUUGUCCUGUAAGCACCGUUAUCACUUACGGUACAUCCUCUGAGCCAGCCCCCCCCCCCCAACACACACACACCAAGAAGCAAAGGCAGCACCGCAGGCAUGUCUUCCUGUGGAGGAGGGGCUCAGCACAAGGGGGAGGGCAGAGCAAGAAAGAGUUAGAGGGAGCAAGGCCUCUGGGCAGCGUGGGGCCAGAUCCCGCAGUCACAGGUAACUAGCCCUGGGCACCCUGUGUGCAGCGGAGCUUUGUGGAACUGGUGGGUGGAGACUGCAGCACCCUUUAGUGUGGCUGCCCAGGGGUCCUGAGACCACUUGGCCCGUGGUAGGCACCCUGGGCUGGCCUGGGAGCCUGCAGUCAUUACUUGUGGCUGGCGUGGGAUGUGGCUUGGCCUGUCUUCAGGGGAGUGGACAUUCUCCACCAGGAACCCAAGAGCAGGCUGCUGUGGCCUAGACGACUGUGGGUAGCAUGACGCCCCCUGCCGGCCCCUCCUUCCA